GCCCGCAGUCACACGCACUCAGCGCCGCGCGGCCAGGCCACCGGCCAGCCCGUCCUCCCCCUCCGGUCUUUCCUGUCCUCCGUUUUCCGUUAAACCUGUCCGCUCCGUGCCGGUGCUCCGGUAGACCCCCCCUCCCCGCCGCCGGCCCCCGCACCGGCCGCCUCCCGCCGGUCCAGCCGCCGGAUUACCGAGUUUCAGCGACCGGACCUGCCGUGAUUCACCGCCCUGCCGGCGGGCCUCAAAUUUCCUGCCCCGGUUCACCGUGUUCCUCCGUCCGUCGACGGCCGCCGUUACCGGCCGGUGACGUCAGCGCGGAGAAAAGUUGUGAGGGAGCCGCCGCCGCCGCCGGUACACCGGGAGAGAGCCGGUUAGACCGGAGGACAACUUUAGUUUGACGGGACGCAGCAGCGCCCCCACCCAGCUCCCCCUGCCGGUACCGACAGGCCCGCACCGGACCCAGCCCCGGGACCCGCACCGGGAUCCGCCGUCCGUUCGUCGUUCCGUUUACCGGGACAUGGACGCCCUGUGACCGGAGCAGCGCGUGGCCUCCACGAGACAGUUUCCCCGGUAGAGGCGGAGUGGGCGGAGCUAGAAGAUGGCGGGUGCAUCGGUGAAGGUGGCGGUCCGAGUCCGACCGUUCAACUCCAGAGAGACGGGACGCAACGCCAAAUGUGUGAUCCAGAUGCAGGGAAACACCACCUGUAUCUCCAACCCCAAACAGGCCAAAGAUGGAGCCAAGAACUUCACCUUCGACUACUCCUACUGGUCGCACACCACGACCGAGGACUCCAGUUUCGCGUCCCAGAGGCAGGUUUACAAGGACAUUGGAGAGGAGAUGCUGCUGCACGCCUUCGAAGGGUAUAAUGUGUGUAUUUUUGCGUACGGCCAGACGGGAGCCGGUAAAAGCUACACUAUGAUGGGUAAACAGGAGCCUGGUCAGGAGGGCAUCAUCCCACAGCUGUGUGAGGACUUGUUCCAGAGGACAGGAGAGAACUCGGACCCUGACCUGACCUACUCCGUGGAGGUGUCCUACAUGGAGAUCUACUGUGAGCGGGUCCGAGACCUGCUCAACCCAAAGUCCCAGGGCACUCUGAGGGUCCGGGAGCACCCCAUCCUGGGGCCCUACGUGGAGGAUCUGUCCAAGCUGGCCGUGACCGGAUUCCCUGACAUCCGGGACCUGAUGGACGCCGGCAACAAAGCCCGGACGGUCGCAGCCACCAACAUGAACGAGACGUCGUCCAGGUCCCACGCCGUCUUCACCAUCGUCUUCACCCAGAAACGCAGAGACCAGAUGACCAGCCUGGACACAGAGAAGGUCAGUAAGAUCAGUCUGGUGGACCUGGCAGGAAGCGAGCGAGCAGAUUCUUCAGGAGCGAAGGGAACUCGACUCAAGGAGGGAGCGAACAUCAACAAAUCUUUGACCACGUUAGGAAAAGUCAUAUCAGCUCUGGCCGAGAUGCAGAGCAGUAAGAAGAGGAAAAGUGACUUCAUUCCCUAUAGAGACUCUGUUCUCACCUGGCUGCUGAAGGAAAACCUGGGAGGAAACUCUCGGACGGCCAUGAUCGCUGCUCUAAGUCCUGCUGACAUCAACUAUGAAGAGACACUGAGCACUCUGAGGUAUGCCGACCGCGCCAAACAGAUCCGCUGCAACGCCGUCAUCAAUGAGGAUCCCAACGCCAAACUGAUCAGAGAGCUGAAGGACGAAGUGGAACGACUGAGGAACCUGCUGUUCUCCCAGGGCCUGCAGGAGCUGCUGGACAACACUGUCAACAACAACGGUCUGGGGGCUGUUCCAGGUGUGUCCCCCUCCCCCCUGCAGCUGGCCCUCACAGCCAAUGGGAUCGUGUCUAAUAAUGGCUCCGCCCCUCCAGGUGCUGAACCUUCGUCUGCAGGUGGCGCCGUACCUGCCGACCCCGAUCACCUGAUCGAGGACGGGGAGGAAGGGGAGGAGGCGGUCGCCACGGAGACCAUCAGCAAAGAGGAAGCAGCUGAGAGACUGAUGGAAACUGAGAAAAUAAUCGCAGAAUUAAACGAGACAUGGGAGGAGAAGCUCAGAAAGACUGAAUCCAUCCGUCUGGAGAGAGAGGCCCUGCUGGCUGAGAUGGGCGUCUCCAUAAAGGAAGACGGAGGAACUCUGGGCGUCUUCUCUCCUAAAGGGACGCCUCACCUGGUCAACCUGAACGAAGACCCUCUGAUGUCCGAGUGUCUCCUCUACUACAUCAAGGAGGGAUUCACCAGGGUUGGACAGCAGGACGUGGACAUCAAGCUGUCUGGUCACUUCAUAAAGGAGAUCCACUGUGUGUUCGUCAGUGAGACCAACGAUCAGGGAGAAGUGGUCGUCACUCUGGAGCCGCUGGUCGGAGCAGAAACCUACGUCAACGGGAAGCAGAUCAGCGAAGCCGUGGUUCUGAAGCAAGGUAACCGCAUCGUGAUGGGGAAGAACCACGUGUUCCGGUUCAACCACCCGGAGCAGGCCAGGCUGGAGAGGGAGCGCAGCGUCACGGCCGACCAGCAGGGGGAGCCAGAGGACUGGAACUACGCCCAGAGGGAGCUGCUGGAGAAACAAGGCAUCGACAUCAAGCUGGAGAUGGAGAAGAGAUUACAGGAUAUGGAGACUCAGUACCGUAAAGAGAAGGAGGAGGCCGACCUGCUGCUGGAGCAACACAGACUGUAUGCAGACAGUGACAGCGGUGAUGACUCUGACAAGAGAUCAUGUGAAGAGAGCUGGAGGCUGAUCUCCUCCCUGAGAGAGAAACUACCUGCAAACAAGGUGCAGACCAUAGUGAAGCGAUGUGGUCUCCCCAGCAGCGGGAAGAGGAGGGAGCCUCUCCGGGUCUACCAGAUCCCCCAGAGGAGGAGGAUCAGCAAAGACCCCAAACGGGUCACCGUGGACGACCUCCGGAUGCAGGCCGUCAAGGAGAUCUGCUACGAGGUGGCUCUGGGAGACUUCCGUCACUCCCGGCAGGAGAUCGAGGCGCUGUCCAUCGUCAAGAUGAAGGAGCUCUGCCGGAUGUACGCCAAGAAAGACGGCAGCGAGAGGGACAGCUGGAGGGCCGUGGCCCAGGACGUCUGCGACACGGUGGGCAUCGGAGAGGAGAGGAGCCCCCCGGCUGAGGACGGAGGAGGUGGAGGAGGUGGGGGUGGAGAGACAGGGGAGGCGGGGGAGAAAGGAAAGGUGUACGACCUGAAGGCUCACAUCGACAAGCUGACCGACAUCCUGGAGGAGGUGAAGCUGCAGAACAACAUGAAGGAUGAGGAGAUCAAAGCUCUGAGGGACCGGAUGAUCAAGAUGGAGAGCAUCAUACCUGUCCAGGACGACGACAUGAACGGUGAAGGAGGCGGGUCUCCCCAGAGGGAAGGGGGCGGAGCCAGCGACGGCACCAGCCAGCCGGAGACCCGAGUCCAACGGCUGAUGGAUGAGGACCCGGCAUUCAGGAGAGGGCGCCUCCGCUGGCUGAAGCAGGAACAGCAGCGCAUCCUGAACCUGCAGCAGCAGAACAUCACCAAGAAGCUACGAGGACAGAACCAGAACCAAGGUCAGAACUCCCCUGUUGUCCCGGUCCACCUCCCCGGUACUGGACGCUUCAUCCCCCCGCAGGAGUGUAAGCUCAAGUUCCCCUUCAAGAGUAACCCCGCCCACCGGUUGUCAUGGGGACCAGCCAGCGCCGCCCUGCAGGCUCUGGGUCUUGGGGAGGGGGGCGACGGCGAGCCGAGGGAGGACGAAGGAGGUGUGGAGGGGAAGGGCUCUCCCUCCCCCCCGCCUCCCCUACAGGGUCCCGCCCUCUUGCCCCUCCCCUUCACAGCCCCGCCCCCUCGCAUGCGCACCCCCAGCCCCCACCGCGCCUGGCAGCAGCGUAACCAGGGCAGCUUUGGCUACCAUCACCAGGGCAACAAUCACAACCAGCAGCGCCGCUACCGCCGCAACUCCCUGGACAACACUGCCCACGGUAGCUACGACAACGACCAGCAGCACGGCAGCGGCAACAACGGUCACCAGGGGCCACCCAGACAGAGGAGGGGGGCGUCGCCCGGGCCGGGGGGAGAGAGAGGAGGGAGGGGAGGAGGAGGAGGAGGAGGAGGAGGGGCUAGAGACAGAGACGGAGGCUUCCAUUAUAAUCAACGCCAGCACCAUCAGUACCACCACCACCCCUACUACAACCCCUACAAUGCACCAUUCCAGCCGGGACCUCACCCCAACUACCACAGCCUGCCACGCUCCGGGGCCCCGCCCCUUCCUGCCGACAUGUUGCUGGGGGCGGGGCCGCCACCAGGUGGGUGGGGCUUCACGCCGCCGAGGAUGAGGCGGCAGUUCAGCGCACCGGACCUCAAACAGAACAAGGACACGCCCAUCUGACGCACGGAGGCAUCUGAUUGGCUGCGGGGACACAGGACGAUCCUGAUGCUGUAGAGACAAGGCUGUGUGUGUGUGUGUGUGUGUGUGUGUGCGUGUGCGUGUGCGUGUGCGUGUGCGUGUGUGUUUCAGCACUUUUACAUUACUGUCACACACAUCCUUCUGUCCUGCUGUGUGUGUUUACGUGUGUGUUUUGUGUAGAUUGCGCCUAGCUUUUAGCACAGGUUAGCUGUUGCCAUAGCGACACUGUUUUAGGAAGUUUAUAUUUUUAAUUUUGUGGCGUUUGUUUGAGGCUGUCGAACGGGAUUUAUUAGCACAUUUUAGCUUCUCGUUGACAUUCUGGUGUCGGAUCGGUCUCUUUUUUUUGCGAGCAUUAGCUUCCGUUAGCUUCCGUUAGUAUGAGGGGUGAAGCAUGUCGGUUAGCGUUCCAUUGGCUGUAUGCUACGUUAGCUUCAGGCUAGUCGGUUAGCGUUCUGGAUGCUAUGUUAGCUUCAGGCUAGUCGGUUGUCAUUCUGGAUGCUACGUUAGCUUCAGAAUAGCCGGUAAGCAUUCUGAAUGCUACGUUAGCUUCAGACUAGUCAGUUAGCGUUCUGGAUGCUACGUUAGCUUCAGACUAGUAAGUUAGCCUGAGCAGGGAGCAAUGGAGGCAGCUAGUUUAGCACAGGUGGAAGUGUUAGCCUAGCUUAGCCAAGGCGGCGUUCAUGUUGCAUGGGAAACCCAGUUCGUACAUUGGCCUGUUUAGCGAUGCCAAGAAGAUGGCGGUUUUUGUUUUUUUCUUGCGGUCGCCACAAACAACAACACAGAUCUGAGAUGUUUGAAACCAAAACUGUCGAGAGGACGAUAGAAACAAACCUGCUAACGCUGACGUGAAAAAUGGUUUUUAUCUUGUAACCUGCAGCAAACGUCGUGCAGGAAGUUUAAUUUACUGACUGUCCCGUGUGACUUGAACGCUGCGUCAAACCAAAGAGCGUCUCUGUGGCGCCCCCAGCAGGAACACAGAGAUAUUAUCUGAAGAAGAAGAGGAGGUGAUUGUGACGUUUCAGUUUUUUAAAGAGCUGUGUGUAUAUUUGAUGCUUUUAUUUUUAAAGAAACGUGCUGACGGUGGGUUCACUGUCUCUGGCAAUCGUGGGAAAUGUGGGAAGUGACUUGUUUGUGUGAGAGUGGUGAUGGGUUGUGGUUUUAGGAAGGACUUCUGGGAAACGUAGUGAGAGAAGAGACGUCUGAGAUAAGCUUUGAAGUAGAACGAGACACUACGACACGUUGGAUGUCGACUUCCUGCUGUGAGGAUCUGACACUACUUUAUGUCCGCGCUGCCUUCAGGGCGCCACAGGAAGACGGGGAUUCUGGAUUUCGUUUUCCAGAUGUUCUGCUCAGAUUCUUGGCUUCCUGCAGUGCCCUGAACACAGCGUCAGCCUGCCCUGAGUGACGACGCGUUCGCUGCCGGCUGAACCCCGCCCACUCACAGCAAGGCAUCGUGGGAGAUGACGAAUGGAGCGUCCGCACGCUCCGUGACUUUAAGACUUUUAUUUUGAAGGGAGCGCUCGACACGAGUCGCCGCGACGAUAUCGAAAACACAAGAGGUGAUUGGCCCGAGAAGCAUGACAUCAGCUGAGUUUUAAUUCACUCUGCUGUCUCCGGAAUCGACCAAUCACAGGACAAUCCUGAAACCUGCUGCCACCGCCGGGCUUGAUGGGAAACGGAGUUCCCUCUUUGUUUAUGGUUUUUAUCUUUUUUCUUUCUUUUUUUUUUUUAUUUCCAGCUUGGAAGGCCUCUGAUUGGCUGUUUGUUCUACUUUCUCAUGUAUUCAUCGGCUUCCUGUCUCCGAGUAUUUUAACCCCGCCUACAUGUUUGCUUUAUGAUGUCAUCACGUCAUCACUACUAUUAGUAUAAUUAUUAUAAAGUCGUUAAUGUUUGGUUCUUCUGGACGAGGUGUGUGUGUGUGUGUGUCUGUCUGUCUGUCUGUCUGUGAGUGUGUUACUGUGUGUGUGUGUUACUGUGUGUGUGUGUUACUGUGUGCGUGUGUGUUAAUGUGUGUCUGUGUUACUUUCAACUCUUUUGUUUUCCUUCAUGAACCUGGUUUUCAUGUUUUUCUUUCUAAUGGUUUUUAUUUUUUGUUUGUUUGGAGGUUUGUGGAGGAGGAGGGGCCUGAGGGGGGUCGUUGUCAUGGCAACUUGCAGGUUUCCUGCUGGCCCCGCCCACUCCCCCGCACCUCCGCUCCAAUUGCAACCUCAGAAUCUGUGACAUCACGACACGACGUCGCCUCCAGGCUCAGCAGACGUGAACAUGAUGACAUCACAGUCUAGCCCUCUUCCCAUUGGCCCAGAGCCCCUCAGUUGCUUUUCUGUCUGUUGGGUUGUUUUUUUCGUUGUUGUUGUUGUUGUUUUUGUUGUAUCAGGAACCAAUCUCAGGCUCUACCUGCAGACAACAUGAUGGCAAUAAACUGUCAGUAAGAAUCAAA